AUGGAUAUUGACAAGCUCUUUAAGGUCCCCAAGCUGCCCACCGGUGGCAACAAGCGUCGCAUGCCUGACGCGCCUACCCCAGAGAUGCUCAAGAAAAUGCGGGUCGAAGAUGAAGAUGAAGAGACCUCUCCUACAGCCAAAAAUGGAAAGGCCGAAAAGGGCAAACGUCGGGCCACGGUGGAGGACGCUGAGGAUGAAGACGUUGCAAUGGGGGAGGAGUCCGACUUCGCGCCCGGAGGGGAUGCGGAUUACUUUGCCGAAGAGGACGAGGAAGGCAGAUUCUAUGGGGGUGGCCUAACGCGAGAGCAAAAGGAGAUCCUCAACAUAUUCGACCAAGCAGGCGGGGAGGGCGCGUUAGAGGACACGGCGGCGCUCACUCCCACUUCCAUUCGGAAACUGUUGCUGAGGUUUCAGCGAGCUGCGGACAAGAACCAAGACCAGCGUUCGAAAUGGCCGGACGACCCCACGAAGUUCAUUGAUUCAGAAGCGGACUUGGACCUGGCUAUAAAAGCAUUACUCCCUCUCGCGCAAGCGCCUUCGGUUGCCUACCCAGAGCUCGUAGAAUCUGGGGUAGUCAGUGUUCUUGUCGGGCUACUCAGUCAUGAAAAUCCAGAUAUUGUCAUCGACGUUGUGGAGGUGAUACAUGAACUCACUGACGAGGAUGUCGGGGACGAGGCGGAGGACGACGAGGUUGAUGAGGAGAACAAGGCUGCAGCAUUGAAACUUCUAAUUGAAAGCCUGCAAUCACAAUCUAUAUUGGAGUUGCUGGUUGAUAACUUAUCUCGGCUAAAGGAGGAAGAGGAGUCAGACAAACAAGGUGUAUUCCACAUCCUUGGGAUAUUUGAAAAUGUUAUGGGUUUCGAUCCAAAAUAUUCAAAUCAUCUCGUCUCAAAGACAUCCAUACUUCCCUGGCUCUUGACACGAGUCCAAUCGAAGAUCCAUGACGAGAACCGCGGCUAUGCCGCCGAGCUGCUGGCUAUUCUCCUACAGAAUAACCGGGAUAACAGACUGACAAUCACCAAACACGAUGGCGUAGAGACGAUGCUGAAAGUCCUGUCCCAAUACCGGCGGCGGGACCCCGUUGACGCUGAUGAAACGGAGUUCAUGGAGAACAUAUUCGACGCCCUCUGCUCCGCGCUAGGGGAACCUGAGAUCAAGAAGCUGUUCUUGGACAGCGAAGGUGUUGAUCUCAUGGUGCUCAUGAUGCGGGAGAAGUUGCAGUCACGGUCAAGAGCGAUCAAAGUUCUGGACCAUGCGAUGGCGGGCUGGUCCGGAACGUCAAGUUGCGAGGUCUUUGUUGAGGCGCAAGGCCUCAAGACGCUCUUUUCCGCAUUCAUGGGCAAGGCUCCGAAGAAGCAGAAGAACAAGGAGGCAGCUACCCCUGCUUCGGAAGACAUAUCUCAUAGCCUUGGCAUCGUAGCGUCCUUGUUCUCCAACCUUGCAUCUGAUUCUCCAGCAAGAAUACGUUUACUGGCGAAGUUCGUCGAGAACAACUAUGAGAAAGUGGACAAAAUGCUCGAAAUUCGUGAUGGCGCUUCAACAAGACUGAAGGCGACCGACAAGGAGAUCGAAACGGAGAAAAAGGCUUUACAAGAGGAUGGGGAGGAGAUUGGCGACGAAGAAGACGCGUGGUACUUGCGACGACUCGAUAACGGUCUGUUCACAUUGCAGACGGUGGAUUAUUGUUUGGCCUGGGUAGCGAUGGAAGACGACGGGAUUCGGACACACCUAGAGCAGAUGCUCAGACGCAAGAGCAAGUCGCUCGCAGACAUUGCGGAUACACUGAAGGUUUACCGUGAUAACGUUGACGAAGAAGUAUUGCCUGCUCCCGAAGAGGGGGAGGCAAGGCCUGCAAGCCAAAAAGAAAUCCUGGAGGCGUUGGUCACGUUCCUCGAGGGGACUAGCUGA